AUGGGGUUCCUGGGUGUCUACCGGGCUCUCUACGACUACGUGCCCCAAGCUGAGGGAGAGCUCGCAAUAAAGGAUGGAGACUUGCUCUUCAUCCUUGAUAAAAACGGCGACGAUGGCUGGUGGAAGGCAAAGAAGAAGGCCGGCGCUGAUGACGAGGAAGAGCCAACAGGCCUUAUUCCUGGUAAUUAUGUCGAGGAGGCCCAGCCAGUAGACCAUGCUAGAGCUCUAUUCGAUUACACGCGCCAGACGGACGAAGAAUUGUCAUUUCACGAGGAUGCUACACUUGCUGUCUACGACACGUCGGACCCUGACUGGAUCCUGACUGGCCUUGACGGCGAAUAUGGAUUUGUCCCUUCCAACUACAUCGAAAUGGGCGCGCCUGCUGAGCUCCCUCAAUCUCCCCCCCCGAACCCAGAGGUGGCAUCUCCGGACCUACCGAAUGACACAGCGCCUACUCCUUCGAACCCUGCUGCUGCUAUCGCAGGCGUCAUGCAUGGCCGCUCAGUUUCUCAACAAUCUCAGCAACCUGCGGCUCCUCGACAGCCCCCUCGUGCGUCUGUUACGUUUAGCGAACCCCCCGAAGUCGAGGACGAGCCCGUACGAUCACCGACUCUGCCAGCCCGACCAAGGGUACCAGCGCCACCAUCUCCAACUUAUGACGAACCCCCCUCCCCUAUACACACCCGUAGUUUGCAAGACCACAGGGACCCGGAUCGUCGCCAAGAUGUCGAGCGUACUCCUGGCGGCUUUCAUAUGUAUAACAUCAACGAGAUGAUUUCCAUCAUGGGCAAGAAGAAGAAGAUGCCCACAACAUUAGGAAUUAAUCUUUUAACAGGUAUCAUACUGGUUGCUCCAGAGCAUGCUUCUGAUGGACCUUCACAGGAAUGGACCGCUGACCGCAUGACACAUUACUCGCGGGAGGGAAAACACGUUUUUAUGGAACUUGUGCGCCCAAGCAAGAGCGUCGACUUCCACGCCGGAGCAAAGGACACAGCCGAGGAGAUCGUUAGUAUGUUGGGCGAAUUGGCUGGAGCUGUACGUGCCGAAGGACUCCGUGAGGUGAUCAUGGCUGGGACACAAGGCAGCAGUGGCGGUGGCCAGAAAAAAGGCCAAGUCCUGUAUGACUUCAUGGCACAAGGUGACGACGAGGUAACUGUUGCUGUGGGAGACGAGGUGCUUGUUAUCGACGAUACGAAGAGCGAGGAGUGGUGGCAAGUUCGCCGGCUCAAGAAUGGUAAAGAAGGAGUCGUCCCUAGCAGCUAUAUUGAGAUCACUGGCUCUAUCUCACUACCCUCGUCUAGCGGCAUAAACUCGGCCAAGUCCCUCGUCGAACAAAACCGCCUCGAAGAGAUCCGAUUGACCAAGGAAGCCAUGAAGGCCGGCAAAGAACCUCAGCAGGUAGGACCGGGAAUGCCUCUCCCUGAACGAGGCAGUAGCCUCAUGGCACGAGAAACUGGUAAUAAUUCGGGACAACAGCGGAGCCGUCGAGAAAAUGGACGAAGUGAUGGCGGCAGUCAAAGCCGAUCAAAGUCUAAACCUGACGCGUCCAAGGUGCGCACCUGGACAGACCGUUCCCGGUCUUUUAGUGUGGAAGCCCAAUUUCUUGGUCUGAAGGACGGAAAGAUUCACUUACAUAAGAUGAAUGGUGUCAAGAUUGCAGUUCCUAUCACAAAAAUGUCGCGCGAGGAUCUCGAGUAUGUUGAAAACUUCACAGGCAUAUCCCUUGAAGAUGAUAAGCCGUUGGCGGACGUCAAGAGAGCUCGGUCUGCCGAAAAGAAAUCCCCUGAACGUAGUACUUCAGCAGGCGCAACGGUCGACAAGGAUGCCAAGUCCGACUACGAUUGGUUUCAGUUCUUCUUGUCUUGCGAGGUUGCAGUGGGGUUGUGUGAGCGCUACGCACAAGCCUUUAUCAAGGAUUCCAUGGAUGAGAGCGUGCUUCCUGAUGUGGACGCCACCACUCUGAGAGCCCUUGGAAUUCGCGAGGGUGAUAUCAUCAAGGUCAUGCGUACCUUGGAUGCCAAAUAUGGCCGCAGCCGCGGUGGAAAGAGAGGAACCGCUGAUGGAGUUGAUGGUGAAGGGGGUUUAUUCUCUGGACCCGGCGGUGCGCUACGAAACAACACCCGAAAGGGUCGACCCGCGCCAGCGGUCCAAACAAGUGAUGUUGUUGAUGCCAGUGCCUUUUCGCGAGGCGAGUCCUCCAAGACUGGGGAAAACGACAGCAGAUCACCCCCGCCCACAAGUCCUACAAAUAAGAGCCCCGAACCUCGUCAAGCAUCGAGCUCUGGAUUCGACGACGAUGCUUGGGACGUGAAGCCUAGCAAGCAGCAAUCGCCGCCUAAAGCUCAGCCUGCUGUUGAGUCUGUUCAGAAGCCUGCCCCUGAGCCUGCUCCUGUCUCACCUCCUCCCCCGGCCCUGACUGGCUCGAUGCAAGAGUUAUCGCUGCUCUCAACGCCUCUCGAACCCACCAGGGCUGAACCAGCACCCGCCCCGGCACCGGCGCCUGUCAUCGCUGCUCAGCCAACCUCGACACCCGUAUCGCAACCGUUGGGCGGCGCUACCCCCUCAUUCUUUACAUCUGUUGCUCAGGUUCGGCAACGUCCUACUCCCCCACAGGGGACUGCGAACCAGGGCUCUCUCGUCCCUCCACCACCUCAGCGACCACUUUCAGCGCCGCAAUCAGCCCAGCCCAGCGGCUUUGCACCUCCCCCCAUGAUGCCGCAGAUGACAGGUGCUCUGCAAGGCCAAGUUGCGCCUCCUGGCCAGAGCCUGAGCGAGAUCACACAAGCCCGCCUGCAACAGCAAUACACGGCUCAGAUGCAGCAACAGCAAGCCCCUCAGCAAAUGCAGCCCAAUAUGACUGGAUUCCCAGGACAACAAGGCCCUGGCUUGAUGUCUUUCCCCACUGGCGCAGGACAGUUCAUGCAGCCCAUGAUGACUGGAAUGCAGGGACCGAAUCAGUUCGUCCCAAUGCAGGCUCAAUCCACAGGUUUUCAACCGCCCUUCCCCGCCACGCAGUCGAUGUAUGGAGUACCUACAGGAGGCAUCAACAGCUACCUGCCUCCAGCUCUUGAACCCCAGCGAACAGGUAUGCCAGGAUUGCAGCCCCAAACUACUGGCAUGACGAACAUGGGUGGUAUCGGUAGUAUGAACAACGUGCAAGUCCCUCAGCCUCUGCAACCACAGCAGACUGGUCCACCUCCUCCGGUGCGAUUUGGCGUGACAAAUGAGACCAGGAAACUAGCGCCUCAGGCAACAGGGCGUAGGGCUAACCUGGCGCAAGCGACCCCCCAGAACCCCUUUGGUUUUUAA